AUGCGUUGUCUAAAUCUAAUAUUCUUCAUUACGCUGUGGUCGGUGGGAACAUUGGCUCAGAUUUUGGAUGUAUUACCGCCCCAGCCAAUUAACAGUGGCGGUUCUCCACCAAAUGGUCAUUUGGGUUGUCAUCGUAAGCAGCUAACGUAUCGUGUCACCCAGACUGAUUCCAAGGGAAGGGAAUGUUGGGACUAUGUCAGUGUAUCAGCAUGCUGGGGUCAUUGUGAUUCUAGUGAAAUAUCUGAUUGGAAAUUUCCCUACAAACGUUCCUUCCAUCCAGUUUGUGUCCAUGCCACCCGUCAACCGGCUGUUGUCAUUUUAGGUAAUUGCCAUCCGGAGGCUGAUGAAGAAGCCCGUCGCUAUGAAUAUUUGGAGGCUGUUUCUUGCCAUUGUCAUACUUGCUCGACCAUGGAUACAAGCUGUGAAGCUCCUGCCAAUAAUAUUUUGGAUGUAAAAUCAGGUGUAAAAGUAUUGGCUCUAACCGGUAUGGAUUCAGAUGGUUUGGAUUACUAA